AUGCUAGAACAGGGAAAGUUUGCUGAAGCUCUAUCAAAGUUUCUUCAUACACUUGAUAUUAAUGAAAAGUACAUGCCACGACAUCCAAACUAUGCAGAAGCACUGAAUAAUGUCGGUUUUACUUAUAAAAACGGUGAUAUAAUGAAUGCAACGGACUAUUUUAACCGUGCACUUGAAUUCUGUCAGACGCAUCUAUCAGAGACACACGAAAUGACAGCUAUUACUUAUCUUGCUCUAGAAUUAAUCAUGAAUGAAGAUCAAUACCAAUUAGCUGUGGAUUAUAUUAAUCGGGCCACAGCCAUCUACAAUCAUCUCAAACUGUCGUGUCAUCAAAAUCGUCUGUUAUCAAAGACUAGGCGAUUUACACGCUAA